UCAUUUUGGGCUUUGCCUGCUCUCACACCCUGCUGGGAUUUUCUUUUACCACACCAUCAUGGGUAGUGCCUACCACUGGGAGGCCCGGCGUCGGCAGAUGGCAUUGGAACGGAGGAAGGCGCUGAUGGCACAGCAGCAACAAGAGCAGAAUGCAAAAAAGCAGGAAGAGAAGAAACAGCAUUUUGAGAAAACAUCUCAGCCACACCAAGAUUCAAAAGGACCCCAACAGGACUCAAAGGAACCCCAACAGGAUUCAAAAGGACCCCAACAGGACUCAAAAGGACCCCAACAGGACUCAAAAGGACCCCAACAGGAUUCAAAAGGGCCACCACCUGCACAGCCAGAACAACAAGCACAGCCACAGGAGAAGGCACAAGGACAGCCACAGCCGCCUGGGCCAAAGUCACAAAAGGAGCAAGACCCACCUACACAGAGCAUCUUCAAGGAUAGUCUCCAGAAGGACACUCAAAGGCAAGGACUACAGACUAAACCAGCCGGAGCUCAACAAGAUGGCCAGCAAUCCUGUAAAGUGUGCGAUAAACCCCCCAUCCUUCCAGGCCGCUGUAUCACGAAUGCUUGCCAGUCUAGCUCUUCUAAAUAUUCCCGACUCACGGUGAGAGUCAACUAAUUACAUCCAGCAGUGGUGAUCCAGAGAUGGACUCCAAGACCUGAUGAAAGUGAA